AUGCUCCGCUACGUAUACUCCGUCGAAGUUGAUAAGUCGGCCCUAGACGGUACGGGCUUUCGCACUACACUCCCUAUCCGCAUCCACCAGGAAGAUGACCUGGCACGGGCUGCCAGCGCCCAGCUCCUCAAAGACUAUAGCGCCGCCACGGAGCAGAAGUCUCUCGACCUGAGCUUGAGAGCAAGUUGCCCUCUUGGGCAUUUCGCAUCCCUCGUGAUACCCGAGUGUUGUCCCAAAAAGCUUUCUUACGCAGCUAAGAUGUUUGAAUAUAUGAACUUCGAAGACGAUCAACUCGACUCCCCGAAAUCAGCCGCUGAGAGACAUAAUGUAUCCGAGUAUAUCGCCAAUGGGGAGCGAAGCGGCUUCGGUCAGAUAUGCGGGACGAUUUGGGGAUUGCGCUCCAAAUAUCGGCGGCUGCAGAUAUCUCUGCUGGUAGAAGGGAUCUGGCUGUGCGGAGUUGGCAUCCUGUCGAUGGUAGCCGAUUUCAAAUCUUUCUGUCGGAUGAACGCGCAGGAGGCUAAGGCCACAUCGCUAGACGAGUAUCUGGUACAACGACUGACUGGCGGUGGUUUCAGAUACCUCCCGGACUUUAUUGGCCAUAUGAUGGGGAUGACACUGGUCACAAGUGAGAAAGUGGCAGUGCAUGAUGUCAUCCACCCCUUGCAGAUUGCCAUGGUGCUCUCAAACGACUAUUUCAGCUAUAAGAAAGACAAAUUGCUGCAUGAACGCCAAGAGCGGCAGGGUAUUGUCUAUAAUGCGGUUGCCAUUGUCGCCGAACAAGACUCACUCACCGAAGAGAAGGCGCUCAAAUCGAUUCAAGACAAGAUUCUUCAGGCUGAGCUAACCCACCACAAGGAGCUAGAAAACUUGAAACAGAACGGGUCAUGGUCGCAGAAUAUGGAGGGGUAUAUAGAAGCCUUCCGCUUGGCGACCGGUGGCACACAUCUGUGGGCUGCUACAACGCCUCGAAUGGCCGUGGACGCCCACGAUACCCGGUAA